CUUUCACUAUCGUGGCGAAAGUUUCGCUGGGCUGUAAUGCACCGCUUGAAGAGACAUCUGGGGGCCGAGCCCGAGGGGCGAGCGAGCCCCCGCAGCGCCCUGCGCCUCCUCCGCACGCCAGCCCGGGGCUGGGGCUGGGGGAGCGCCCCCCUACAGGGCGCGGCCCGGAGAACGCGGCUGCGGCCUGGCCGCCCGGCGCCGCGUUCCCGUGGCCAUGGCAACGCGUGGGGCGGCCGAGAGAGGCCGCGGCGGCCCAGGCCCAGCGCCCCGCCCCGCCCCGCCCGCCGCGGAGCGGAGCGCCGGUUCGCGCCGCCCUUGCGGGCCCGGCCGGGAGCAUGGGGCUGAGGAUGGAGAGCGGCGGCAGGCGGAGCCGAGUGAGUGAACACCCAGCUGUUGGUAUUCCCAGAUGUGGUCCAGCAAGUCCAUUUAAAGGACACUUGAGUACUAAGAGUAAUGCUUUCUGCAUUGACUCCUCCCGAAGUCUAACCAGCCAGUACCUGAUCAGAGAUCACAUGGUGUUUCAUUAUAAUAAAAUCCUUUCAGCCAAAGCAGCUGUAGACUGUUCAGUGCCCAAAAGUAGGUUGACCAGCAUCAAACUUGCCGACCAGCAAAGAAGAGAGAAACUGAAAAAGAAGAUAGCCAGGUGUGAAGAGGAAAUGAGCGUGGGUAAAACUGUCCCGCGAUCCAGCUCAAGAGAGAGUGGAAGGCUGCUGCCAUCCCCUUUUGGAAAGAGUUUCAUGGAAGCAGAAGACAAAGACGAUCUCUUCCACCGUGCUCAGCGGGCACAGUACCUAUCGAGAGCACUGUCUCCUUAUGGGGAGCAUGGCUUGCUUCACUCCAGUCCAAUAAAAUACACCAGAAAAGGUUCUCGGAAUGCAUCUAACGCAUCCAACUCAAGUGUCAGUACAUCAAGUACACCAAGAAAACGUUCUGGAUUUUCAUCCAGUGGUUCCACUGAUAGUUUUGUGAGCAUUAGUCAAUCCCAGAGAUGUCACGGAAGCAACUCCAAAGUACACAGUGGGGAUCUUCUAGACAGGCACACUGAAUUUUUUACUCAUAGCCGAAAACCUUUUACUCCACGCACCUUAAUAUCAGAUGCUAAAUCCUCCCUGUCAGAAUACAGGUAUUACACUCCUGCUCGAAAGAAAAAGAAAAAUCCCUACAAGCAGCGUGUGGAAGCUCAAACACAGACUGAUAUGAUCAGCUUUCCAUCUGCAGACAAAGCACCUGAGAUAAAAGCUGUGACUGAACAACAGAAGAUCACCUUGAAGGCUGAAGAUAGAAGAUACACUGUGGAUGAGCCUGUGAGAGGCACAGCUGCUUUUCCAUACUCCUUCCUAAGAGAGACAUCGUUGUGUUCUCAGCCGCCUUCAGCAAGGAGGACUAUAGAUUAUGAAGAAGAAGAGCUUUUAUAUUUAGCUUUCAUUGAAGAUGUAACAAAUGAAAUUCUUACCCUUGGGCUAUUUUCAAACAGAGUUCUGGAACAACUGUUUGAGUGUCAUAUACAAGAAAAUAAGAACCGUUUGGAUGAGAGCAAAAUGCGGCACUUGCUGGAUGUGCUGAAAGCAGAUCUUGGCUACAGUGGCCCAGAGCAAAGCUGUGUGGACUGGGAAGCCUGCGACUCGCUGGAUCUGCAGGAGUUUGAUGCGAUGGAAGAGCUCGAGUUUACCAGUGACAGUCGGAGGCAAAGAAAAGCUACAAGAAGCGAAGAAUUCUUUGAGACUGUGGACUUACUGUUAAAGGAACCAAAUGAAUGUGAAUCACCAGUAUGUGGGGUAAGUUCAAAGGAGACACAAAGCAAGGGUGACUUUUCAGAAGAUGCUGCUGAAAUGAUAGAUGCUGGGACAGAAUUGCACACUGUUGUGAAAUCUGAAGAAGACCCAGAUGCUUCACCCUCAUGUGAGGCAACUUUAAACGUGAUUACUUGUGACGGUGAUUUGGAAGCCAACAGGGAACUUGAUGAUCUGGAGGAAAACUUUGCAGAGGCCCUUCAGAUCUCACAUGAUGACUCAUAAUAGCCAAAAUUUAGCUGAUAAAUAGGGAUGGAGCUAUUUGUGUGGAGAACUGCCGUUUGUUAAAUAGUAGUAAAUUAUUUGUUUCAGUUUAUUUCUGUUUAAACACUGCUAAAAAAGUCUCUCUAGUAGGGUACUAUUAAUUGAGCAUUAAUUAAUCUCCGCAGUAAUGUCAACUGUAAAGGGUAAAGUUUCAAUUAUCAAAAAAUUUUGUAUAUUUUUGGCUAUAAUUGUAUAACUCAGAACUCACUUUUGAGCAUAUUAAAAUAGAUGUAUAUUUUCAGAAAGUUGUAAUAGUAAGUUAUAAAAUAUUUAUUGUUUUUUAUUUAUAAUAAAUAAGUUCAUUGGCGACACA